AUGGAAAUAACAAAGUUUCACACCCGAAACAUCACCGGAUCCCUCUACGAGUCACGGAGGAUCAUCUUGUCCAGAUUCGGUCACUUCCUUACCUUAUCCCUCUUCUUCCUCCCUCUUUCUUUCUCUCUCACCAGGUACACCUUGUCCAGAUUCAGCCUCCCCGACGAACCCUAUACGUUAGUCUACAUCGAAGAUCAUUCAAACCAUCAAAAACAUGUAACUUAUUAUCUCUUCUACACCCUACUCAUUCAUGUUCUCGCUCUAUGUGCCAUAGGCACGAUCACCUACAGCACACACCAUGCUUUCUUUGGUAAGCCGGUCAAGAUCGUCGACGCCCUCAAGUCCCUAACCUUCUCCUUCUUCCGGCUCGCUUCCACCAUAAUCGCAGCGUACAUUCUUGUGGUUAUGAUCACCCUAAGUGUCAUCCUUUUUGUUGCAACAGUUAUCAUGUUGGUACAUAACUUAGGGUUUAUUGAUAUUGAUUACUACUCGGUUUACUUUCCCGCAAUCAUGGGUGUGAGUCUACUUGUGGUUAUAAUAUGUUUUCCCGUGAAUUGGUCACUGGCUUUUGCGGUGGUUGUUGUCGAAUCAAAAUGGGGAUUUGCGCCUUUGAUCAGGAGCUCGUAUUUAGCUAAGGGGAUGAGAUCGGUUUCGAGGUUAGUGAGGCUGUAUUUUGUUGUUUUUGUUGUUUUUGUUGGCCUUAUGGUGAUGACCUGCUCUGCAAAUGUUAUGGCGCUUACGAUGAUUGGUUCGAUUGUUGUAACGAUGCUCUUGCUUUGGAUCAUUGCUGCCAACACCGUGUUGUAUAAUUAUUGUAAGGCUUUGCAUGGUGAACUUGAACUUGAGGCUGUUGAGGGGUUUGGUCACGACUACAUGAAUUUGCCAUCGGAUGUUGUGAAGGUUCCUCACGUUGUAAGUGUUGUCACAGCUUGA